AAAGGCCAUAUUCUUGUGAUCAUUGCUCGAAAACAUUUUGUAGUUCUGCAGUCUUAAAAGUACAUGUUAAAGUUCAUACUGACAAAAAAGCAUAUUCUUGUGAUCGCUGCUCAAAGUCAUUUUCUACAUUUUCAAGCUUAAAGUCGCAUGUCCGAGUCCAUACUGGCGAGAAACCCUAUGUGUGUGAACAUUGCACAAUGGCAUUUUCAAAUGCUCUAAGCCUGAAGAUACAUAUGGUAUCACAUACUGGCCAAAAUCCGUAUAAGUGUGAAUUCUGCUUAAAAGCAUUUCCUACAGCUUCAGGACUAAAAAUACACUUAGUUGUCCAUACUGGCGAAAAGCCCUAUGCGUGCGAACAUUGUUCAAAGACGUUUACACAGUCUGGAAAUUUAAAAACGCAUUUAAAACUCCAUACUGGUGAGAAACCAUUUACUUGUAAGCAUUGCUCCAAGGCAUUUGCUAGAGCUGCUCACCUUAAAGAACAUUAUAUUGUUCAUACUGGCGAAAAACCUUAUUCGUGUGAGCUAUGUUUUAAGACCUUUUCUCUUCCCUCACAUUUAAAAGCACAUAUGAAAGUCCACACUGGUGAGUAUUCGUGUGAGCAAUGCUCAAAGUCAUUUUCAACCUCUUCGAAAUUGCAUACUCAUAUGAGAGUUCAUACCGGGGAAAGACCAUAUUCUUGUGAUCAUUGCUCAAAAACAUUUUGUGCUUCUGCAGGCUUAAAAGCACAUGUUAAAGUUCAUACUGACAAAAAAGCAUAUUCUUGUGAUCAAUGCUCAAAGUCAUUUUCUACAUUUUCAAGCUUAAAGUCGCAUGUACGAAUUCAUUCUGGCGAAAAACCCUAUGUGUGUGAACAUUGCUCAACGGCAUUUUCAAAUGCUCUAAGCCUGAAGUUACAUAUUGUAUCGCACACUGGCGAAAAACGGUAUUCGUGCGAAUGCUGCUCAAAGGCAUUUCCUACAGCAUCAAGACUAAAAGAACACUUGGUUGUCCAUACUGGCGAAAAGCCCUAUGCAUGUGAAUAUUGUGAGAAGGCGUUUACUCAAUCUGGAAAUUUAAAGACGCAUUUAAAACUCCAUACUGGUGAGAAACCACAUAUCUGUGAGUAUUGCUCAAAGGCAUUUUCCAAAGCUGCAAACUUAAAAGAACAUUAUAUUGUCCAUACUCGCAAAAAGCCCUAUGCAUGUGAACAAUGCUCAAAAUCAUUUUUUAAACCUUCAGGUUUAAAGACCCAUAUGAAAGUCCAUGCUGGUGAAAAACCACAUUCGUGAGACAAUUGUUUCCAAGUUUUUACUCGGAAAUCACAUGAGACAACAUGCUGGUGAACAUCGGGAAGUAUAAUGAGCUUUCUUGAUAUUUGUUUUUAAUAUGUCUGGGGGAAAAAACCAGAUUGGUAAAUACCAGGUGAACCAAAAGUGUAGUUCUGCUUAAGAAUAUUUAUUGUGUCAAACUAUUAUGAAUAUGAUUGUUUAGAUACAUUGUUAUCACAUUUUGUUUCGAUACCUUGUUAUGAUGCAUCAAAUUUUUUAUGAGACCACUAGUUAAUUAAUUUUCAACUUGAGCCAACUUGAUAGCUUGAAGAAUCAAAGCGAUGUUUCAGUUCCUGCCAAGUAUGCUAGAGCAUUCUUCUGCACAAGACACAGUGCAUUUUAGUUCUUCGACGUCAGCAUUCGGUCCGGCAAAGUCUCUGCCCUUGAGAUUAUGAGGUGUUUUUUCACUCUGAAAAUUUAAAGAAAUAUACGAAACAACAGCAGGCUAAUUAUCAUAUUCCUGUGAUUACUGUUAAAAAGCAUUUUCACAAGCUUCAAGCAUGAGGAUUCAUAAAUGAUCAACGCUAGUGAAAAACUAUUCGUGUUUUCAUUCAAUUAUUGUGUAAAAGUUUUUCCUCAGAAAUCGUACAAGACAAGACACAUGAGACAGUACGCUGGUGAAAAACAGGAAUUAUAUUGGAAUUUUUUAUCUCUCUCGUGUUAGAAAAUCUUUAACAGAUUGGCGAAUGCAGGGUGAAACUAAAGUCUUGCCUCAUUUAUGAAUAUUUAUUAUGCUCAAAUCGUUAUAAAUAUAUUUGUUUAGUUUAGAUACAGUUUGAUUAUUGUAUAGUAUUGAAUGUUUCAUAAAGCUUAUUUAUGCCUCUCUAAAUUUUAAUGUGUGCCCACUUGGUGUUCCAGUUGCCACCAAGAACGUAGGAGCAUUCUUUUGUGAAGUAUACACAUCAGCUUCAGUCGUAGAAUCGUAGAACUUCGAAGUCCGAUAUCUCUACAUCAAAGACUUUGCUCAUGUGAAGCCUUUGUCCAAAAGAAAGAUUUAUCAUGGUUUUCUAGAAAGGUCAACAGUGCUGCCUGUUUAUUUAAACUCUUUAUGCCGUCCCUUUUAUUGAUUUCGCUGUGUUCAUAAAAACAUCGAAAUGCGCGGUGAACAUACAUGUGCAAUACCGUUUCAUGUACCCAAAACACACAUUGGGCUAUCUGUUUCAUCAGCAGCAUUUUGGCUCAAGAUGUCUUCUUUACAAAUGGUCCCCUUGAGGCACUCUUGAAGUAGCUCUAAAGCCAUUAAUUGCAAAAGAAAACUGCUAAAAUUGACCUCUGCAAUGACACAAAAAUUACAUUAAAGUAUUCAACAGUUAUUUUGCAACGAAUUUAACAGUCGGGGAAUCAGGACAUGACUUAGUUCACCCUGUAUAUUCUGGCAAAAAGUUUUAUUGCAAAUUCUGUAUCUUCUUUUUGAACUUGUAAAAAGAGAAAAUGAUAAUUUAAUACUCCUGUAAAUCAUAGUACUAUGAAAUUUGCCUUAAGGUAAUUUUCACCUGUAAUAAUUUUGAUAUAUAUAAUAAAAAAUCUA